CGACAUCCCAUCUGGCCAUCCAUUGCCUUUCAGAUCGACAUCGAAGGAUUUCAAAAAGUUUUAAUAUUCUCCACAUCCGAUACCCUAAUUCAAUUCUAACCUCAAAUUAAUCUAAAUCCGAGUUCUUAUUUUAUACUGAAUUCUUUGUUUUACUUAUAUUAUAUUUGUAACUUUUUUGAAGAAAAAAUUGACUAUGAAAGAAGCGAAAUCAGGUAAAUUGAAUGCACAGAAGCAUCAACAACACGAAAACGGUCAUUUCUCUCCGUUCAAAUUCGCCAAGUUAUUAGAUCCAGAAGCUUCUUGGGACAAGGAUCAAUUAGGAGAUGCAUUGCAUUGGAUUCGACAAGUUGUAGCUCUUUUCUGUGGUUUAUUAUGGGGAGCAAUCCCAGUGGUUGGAGGCAUUUGGAUCUUCAUAUUUCUGGCCAUAUCCACUGGCAUCAUAUAUGGUUAUUAUGCAAUGAUACUAAAGAUUGACGAGGAAGAAUUUGGUGGCCAUGCAGCCCUUCUACAAGAAGGGCUUUUUGCUUCAAUAACUCUCUUUCUGUUGGCGUGGAUUCUCGUCUACAGCUUGGCUCACUUUUGAUAUGUAUUUUAUCAUCGAUUUGGCUGUCCUCUGUUUGUAAGUCACAUUCGAAGGAUUCAACUCUUUAGAUGAGGAACAAUUCAUUAUUCCGGAAAACAAUGAGAAACUUUUAGAUUUGAUAAACAGUGGAAAACUCUCUUACUUGAGAAAUGCCUAUAAUUGCCUUUCACUUUUCACUGUGCG